UACUCCGUGCUAAUCCAUCGCAGCAGGAAGGAGGAACGACUCCCGUUUCAGCCCGUUGGGGAACUUGGAAGGCGCCUUCAGAUUUAUGUUGGAAUUGUGGGAAAGGAGGUCAACUGCCUCAUUAUAUUACGAAACAGAAACCAAACAACGGCCAACGAGAAAGAAUCUUAACGGUUAUUUCAGGCAUUUUCCCGUUUCCGAGGGGCAGUUUGGCGGUUUUAAAUGCCAGGCUCCUGAAGAAUCGGUUGAGAAAGAGAGAUGCUAGUGAUGGAGUACUGCGUUGGACAUGGAGCUCUGAACUUUGCGACAAUGGCGGCGUCGUUUAGCCCUGCUCGAAGGUCUAGAACAAGACUUAUGAGAAAAGUAGUUCCUUUUUACGCGUAUGGCCUGUGCCGGCCUUCUUUCCUCGUCACGGCAAAUGCUGCGGGGAGCGACAGUUGUGUGGCUGUGAAAGAAGGUUUUGCAGACGAAGAAGAUUAUAUAAAAGGCGGUGGCUCUGAGCUUCUUUUUGUUCAAAUGCAGCAAAACAAGCACAUGGAGAUGCAAUCUAAGCUUUCUGACAAGCUCCCCCCAAUUUCAAUUGGAGAUGACAUACUGGAUUUGGUGGUGAUCGGUUGUGGUCCAGCUGGUCUUGCUCUGGCAGCAGAGUCCGCGAAGUUGGGAUUAAAAGUUGGACUUAUUGGACCUGAUCUUCCUUUUACAAACAAUUACGGCGUAUGGGAGGAUGAAUUCAAAGAUCUUGGACUUGAAGGGUGUAUUGAGCAUGUUUGGCAGGAUACCAUUGUAUAUCUCGACAAUGACAAUCCCAUUCUGAUUGGUCGUGCUUAUGGACGUGUUAGUCGGCACUUGCUUCAUGAGGAGCUGCUAAGAAGGUGUGUCGAGUCAGGUGUUUCAUAUCUCAACUUAAGAGUGGAAAGGAUUGUCGAAGCAGCCAAUGGCCAUAGUCUUGUAGCUUGUGAACAUGAUCGCUUGGUAGCCUGUAGGCUUGCUACUGUUGCAUCAGGAGCUGCUUCAGGGAAACUUUUGCAGUAUGAGGUUGGUGGUCCAAAGGUGUCAGUCCAAACUGCUUAUGGUUUGGAGGUUGAGGUAGAAAACAAUCCAUAUGAUCCCAGGCUAAUGGUUUUCAUGGACUAUAGGGAUUAUAUGAAGCAAAAAAUUCCAUGUUUAGAAGCAGAAUAUCCAACAUUUCUUUAUGCGAUGCCCAUGUCUCCAACAAGAGUGUUCUUUGAGGAAACUUGUUUGGCUUCAAAAGAUGCAAUGCCUUUUGAUUUACUAAAGAAAAAACUCUUGUCAAGGCUGAAGACAAUGGGGAUCCAAAUUAUUAAAACUUAUGAAGAGGAAUGGUCUUAUAUUCCAGUUGGUGGAUCCUUACCUAAUACAGAGCAAAAUAACCUUGCAUUUGGUGCUGCUGCUAGCAUGGUUCAUCCAGCCACAGGGUAUUCUGUUGUGAGAUCUUUGUCCGAAGCUCCAAAAUAUGCUUCUGUGAUUGCAAAUAUUCUGAGGCAGGGUAACUCUAGGGGCAUUAUAGUUCGUGAAAGUAGUAAUGUCAAUAUCUCAAUGCAGGCUUGGAACACUCUAUGGCCACAAGAAAGAAAGCGACAAAGGUCAUUCUUCCUUUUUGGACUAGCACUCAUUUUGCAGCUGGAUAUUGAGGGCAUUAGGACAUUCUUUCAUACUUUCUUCAAGUUACCUGAUUGGAUGUGGCAGGGCUUUCUUGGCUCUACACUCUCCUCCACCGACCUUGUAAUAUUUGCCUUUUAUAUGUUUGUUAUUGCACCAAAUAAUUUGAGAAUGAGCCUGAUCAGACAUCUACUUUCUGAUCCUACUGGAGCAACCAUGAUAAGAACUUAUCUGACACUGUAGUUUUGUACCAUUGCUAAUUCCUUCCUUUAUUAGGUCCUAUACUAGUCCACUUGACUUCCAAAAAUUACUAGGCAUUAAUGGUGUAGAUAUAAACAUAUGCCAUAUAUCUUCCUACCUUUCCCUAGUCUAAACCGUUAUGUAUACAUGUAUUUCUUAUAUAUAUGUAUAAGCGUUUUUUUUU